CUCCCCCCCCCACGUGUCCCCGCCGAGCCCAUCCCCCACCGCCGGGCGGGGUUCAGCCUCCCCCCCCCCCCACGGCCUGACAUGGCCUUGCCCCUCCUACCCUCCCCCAGGGGCGGGGCCGGCGCUUCCGGGCGGGGCUGCCGGGAGCGGAAGCCGCCGCGCCCCCCCGCCCCCCCUGCUCGCAAUGGACUCGCCCGCGACGCUGGGCGACCUGCUCCGCGCGCUGCGCGCCCUCGGCUUCAGCGAGCAGCAGGCGCAGGCGGCCGUGCGCGCCGGCCUGCUCAGCGUCCCCGCCGCCGCCGAGUGGCUGCUGCAGGAGCAGGGGCAGCGGCUCCACGUCGCGUCCCCCGGGGAGCCGGGAGGAGCCAUCGCAGCCUUCAACCUGCCCAAGCCGCAGCCGGGGCUUUCGGGGCCGGCAGCCCCCGCCCCGGGUCCCUGCCUGCCAGGGCCAGGCCCCGCGGCGCCCCCGGCCGGCAGGGCCCGAGCGGAUCGAGAGGAGUUCGAGGAGCAGCAGCGAGCGCGGCUGGCGCGGGAGGUGAAAGCCGAGAGGCAGAAGAAGCAGAGGGAGCACGAGCUGGUGCUGCAGAGAAUCGCCGACGACCGGAGAAACGUGCAGGCCAAGGCCCAGCUGGCUCCGAAGCCGGAGGCCUCCACCACCCUGGGCCACAGGGCCAAGGGCAGCGCUGCAGGGGCCGGCGACGGGCAAUGCCUGCUCAUGAUCCGCCUGCCGUCAGGCCAAGCCCUACGCGAGCGCUUCGCAGCCGAUUGCCCCCUGCGGCGGGUCCAGCGGCGCCUGCAGGCCCUGCACCCCGAGCUGCCGCCCUUCACCCUGCUCCAGACCUUUCCGCGGCGCCGCUUCGGCCCGGCUGAUCUGCCCUGCAGCCUGCAGUCCCUGGGCCUUGCCCCCAGCGCCACCCUCUGCGUCCAGGCCACCGAGACCAGCAGCCCCGAGCCGUCCCCGCCUGGUCCCCGUGCCCCGCAGAAGGGAGCCCUGCCUAGGGAAGGCCCCAGGCUGCAGCACCAGGCCCCGCCAGCGCCAGAGCAUGCCUGGGGCCAGGGCGAGGUGCUGGGGCUGGCGCUGGAACAGGUCGGGGCAGCCGGCGUGUUCCCAGCAGGCGAGGAGUUGGGGCCGGUGCUGAGCGCACCCGCCCAUCGGGUGGUACCGGGGAGCCCGGGCGUGCGCGGGCUCUGGGAGUCAGCUUUCCCACCACACCACCGCUGGGGUCCAGGUCAGCGGCUGACAGCAGAGAGCCAGGAGCAGGAACCUCUUGCCCGUGCAGGGCAUGGCCUGCUGGAGGAGGAGCCCCCACCACCAGACGUGGGGCCGGCUCCUUCGCUGCCAUCUCCGAGCCGGCGCUGGAGCCCGGGCCUGGGGGAGCCCCGGCACCGCUGGCCAGCUGAGGGCAACAGGCUCAGACCUGCGGACGCUGGGCCUGACAUGUCCCCCCCAGAGCUGUCAGACGCUGCCGCCCAGGCUGCAGAGCAGCGCUGGCACCAGGCCACACAGGGGCCCCCCACUGAGGCCCCCCCAGCCCCUGGGUCCGGACGGCCCUCACCCUACGCCCAUGUGCCUUCGCUCUGCCAGCUGGCACUGGGGGCAGCCUCCAGCCUUCUGACAGCGCCCAGCAAGCAGUACUGUAGCAGUCUGGCGGCCCUGACGCCCACGCUGGCCGAGCGCCUCCUGGCACAGCUGGCCCGUGAUGGGCAGCUGCACCCCCGCGCCCUGGCACUCUUCUUCGGCUGCCCCUUGCAGCGCCUCGUCCUCGACUGCUACCCUUAUGCCACCAACGCGCUGCUGCGCCCGCUGCCUGCCUUCCCCGGCCUCACCCACCUCAGCCUGGCCUCCUGCUCCCUGCUCACCGACCAGGGGCUGUCGGUGCUGAGGCACCUGCGCCGGCUCCAGCACGUCAACCUGGCGGCCUGCUCCAAGCUCACCGACUGCUGCCUGCUCUAUGUGCAAGAGCUCCCACUCUUGUCCCACCUGUGCCUGGACCAGACCAAGGUCACAGACGAGGGCCUGGCACGUUACCUGCCGGUGGCUCCCACCAGCCUCAGCCACCUGAGCCUCAACCGCACGGGGGUGACAGAGAGGACACUCUGCCUGCUGCCCCCCUAUGCUCCCAAUCUCCGGCUGCUCAGCCUCAAGCAGACAGAGAUCUCAGACUUCUCAGCGCUGCAGGGACUGCUCCAGCUGCAGAGCCUGCAUCUGGACGACACCCCCGCAAGCGAGGCCUCGCUGGCAGCCCUGGCCAGGCUCCCAGCUCUCACUACCCUCACUCUGGCCGGGCUUCGGGCCAUCAACGGUGACCGGGCACUGGAGCUGAUCUCAGGGCUGCCGCUGGCCCACCUGACGCUGCCGGGCCGGCACACGGUCACCGAUGCCGGGCUGCGUGCCCUGGGCCGCCUUGAGGGGCUGUUGGAGCUGGACCUGACCGACUACACCCACAUCAGCGAUGCCGGGCUGCAGCAUCUGGCCCGGCUCCACAGGCUGCAGCGGCUGUCGCUGUGCAACACACCAGUGACGGAUGCGGGGCUGCAGCACGUGGGAGGCCUGCAGCACCUCGAGGAGCUCUGCCUGGACCGCACGGCCAUCUCCAGCACUGGUGUCGCCGGCUGCGUCGUCCGCUUGCCCCACCUCCAGGUGCUGGGGCUGGCGAGCACACCCGUGGGGGACAGUGUGGUGCGCCUGGGGCUGAGCCGCUGCCAACAGCUCCUUAAGGUGAACCUGAGCCGUACGCGCAUCACAGACCGAGGGCUCCGGUACCUGCAGCACGUGCCUGUCACUCAGGUGAACCUGGACGGCUCGGGCGUGACGGGCACAGGUGUGGCCGCACUCCUUGCUGCCUGCCCCCGCAUCGCCUCGGUCCGCGCCAGCCACCUCCGUGUCCUGCCCCCCGAGCAGGUGUCCGACGACGAGUUCAUCUAGGCCCGGCUGCGGCCCUCACUACCUGGGGGGAGGCAGCGCCGAGCUGGCGUGGCCCCUGGGCCCUGCACACUGCACUUUGCUGGGGCAGUGCCCUCGGUCUUGUCUGCCCGCGCACCCUGGUCUGAAUAAAGCCACAUCCUCAGGUU